CUCAGUUCGAUUCGAUCAUUCGUCGCAGCAAGUUCAACUCGUCAUCGGGCUCCUCACACACACUCACACGAAGCGUAGUUGAGAGUCGAGGGUGGCACAGAGCUUGGCCGAGUCCCAGUCUCACACUCAGUCUCCAAAAAAUUAAAAAAAUAAAACCGAAACGAAAUAAAAAGGAAAAGAAAAUCCGCGAGAGUGCAUUAACAUUAAACAAUUGUGUGACGUUAUAAUUUGGUGUAUAUUUGUCAAUCAAUGUGUAGAAUUUAUGUGAGCGCGAGUGAAGUGGAAAUCGAAAUAUCGAUAUCGAACUAGUCCGGAUUAUGCAAUUGGCCUUUUGCCGAGUGAAAAGUCAAACUGUGUUUUGUAAUGCGCCAAAGAAACGACGAAAAUCAAAAUAAAAGUGAAGCAGCUGCAAAACUCAAGCUACAACGAAACCGCAAUCGGCGCCACUGAAAAGCCGUUUUCUCAAACAAAAACAAAUACAACAAUACCAACUGCAAAAAAAAAACAUAUAUAACUGAAACUUAAGACAUCCAGACUAAAAUGGCGGUUGCUGCGACUGCGACUACGAAUGCGACGAGCAUUUGCGUCAGCUGCGUGCGCCAGCGGCAAAAUCGACGCUGCGUUGGCGUCGGCAGCGGCAGCGGCGCAACCGCAGCCAUUGGCAGUAAUGCCAUUUUGCAAAUUUAUAGCGCCUGGGCGCUGCUCACCUUGCUGGCCGCCAGUGCUGCCAUUGUGCAGAGUGCAGCGGUUUUCGGUGGACUGUCGCAGCACACAUUCAAACCGCUGUGCAGUGCACAACAUGAGCAUUUCAUGGAGAGCGAUGGCAAAGAGUCGAGUCUCAUCAUUGAAUUGAAACCGGACUCGUAUGGAGCUGAGCACAGCACCUGCACCCGCAUACUGAGCGCACCGCCCAGCUUCGGAUUCAUUGUGCGUCUCAUUUUGCCCAAGCUGCGUCACAAUCAACACACAACGGACAAUGACAACUACAACAGCAACAGCAACAGCAACAACAACGACAACACUCAGUCCCUAUCCAGUGGCAGUUUCGUGUCGAGCAUCAUGCCCUCUGUUGUCAGCACGGCGAGGCCACAGUCACUGUCAUCUGGUUCCUCAGCCCUGACGGGCAUGUCCACGCUGAUUGAGCGACUGAAUACCACAGCAGCAGCAGCAGCAGCAGCAGGAGCUGAAGGUGGACUGACCUCAGCCGCAACAAUUGCGGGACGCACCUGUCCCCUGAACAUUUUCAGCUCAUUGGAUCCGCAUACCGCGCAAUGGCGCGUGGAUCCCUGCCAAUUGGAGGAUACAGCCUCCGAGAUGGAGGAUCCAGUGCGUUUGUUUCACGGUCGUGUGCGCAUCGUGUGGGAGCAUGAACAGCAGGAGCUGAAGUCGAAGCUAAUGAUCACGGUGCUGGGUAAGGGAGAGCAGUGCAAGGACGCACAAAACAAGCAUCAGUGCCUGAAGAUUGGCGAUGAGCCCAUACUCUGCAUCUCCAAGGAGCUGGCAUGCGAUGGCAUACGCCAUUGCCCGUAUAGCAAUGAGUAUGACAGUGAUGAGGACUACGAGUUAUGCUAUAAGCAGCGUCGUCCUGGUCUACUGCCAUCGGCCAAAGAGUCCGAUUUGAUCGAGCAAUUCACACUCGAAGUAUUUCGCAAUUUCUUUUUGCACGAUGCACCCAAAAGACCACAGAAUGCCAGCAGCUCCGUUUCGAGCAGCAAUUCGACAACGCAGCUGCAUAAAGUUCACACCAAAGAUAUGAAAAAGCCGAAUGGCGAGGCCAACGGUUCACCGAAUGCCAUCGGAGCCGAGCAGACGCCGGAGGCGGAUGGAAAGUCAGGACAGGAUAAUGCCACCAUGGAGAGCAAUGGCAACGCGAAUGCGAAUGCGAAUGGAAAUGGGAACACUGGCGGCAGCGGAUUCACGCGUCGCAACUCGACGAGGACGGGCCUCCACUCGGAUCUGUCCAAGUACGGACCGUGGGGCUAUCUAAUGCUCGGCAUGCUCCUCUGCGGCGGUGCUCUGCUCAUCUGCGGCCUCUGGGCAUCCGCAUCCCAGCAUGCGGUCAACAACGAGCGCGAGGCAGCGCUGGCCGCCGCCAAUGGAGCUGGCCAGGAUCCCACGAAUGCCACCUCGCCGCCCAACUACGAGGAACUGGAUCCACCGCCAGCUUACUCGGUGCUCUUUCCCAAUCAGAAGGCCGCCAGCAGUAAUACUUUGAAUGCCCUGGAUGGCGUCGUUGCCAGCACAACAGCUGCAGCAGCAGCAGCAGCGGCGGCUGCAGCGGCAGCAGCAACAGCAACGGCAGUUGUGACAGCAACAUCCGUGGCAGAGCAACAGCAGCAGCAGCAGCAAGAACAACAAACCCAGCAACAACAACAACAGCAAGAAAAUCCAGGAGAGCAGCCGACGAACUAGCUAUAAGCCUGACAAGAAGGUCGCCGAAUAAAGGCGCAUCCUGGCAUAAUAGAUUAGGUUUAGGUUCCAACAUCUUUGACUGACUCUGAUGCAAUUAGUUUAGAAAACCAAUUUGAUAGUUAUUAGCCCUAAUUUUUAAGUGUAACUCUAUUUUAAAUGUAUAACGUUAAUGCUAGCUGGUCAACACUAUGUAUGCACCCAAAACUACCCAAAAAACAAAAGAAAACAUGAACACGUCCAAUGUCCAACUGACCAACUGCUAAGCAUGCUGGCUCGGCUGACAAAUCCUAUUUUAAUCAAUUCCAAA